GAGACGUGCGUAAUCACUAAUCGUCGGACUUUCGGAACAGCUAUCAUUGCCUCACGGAGAAAGUAAAGGAGAAGGAAUUGGGUGAUUGUUUCCUUCUGUGAAAGAAUUUUGUGUCCUAAAUAUCUAAAUAUUUUUUUCGACAUUUUUGCUCCACCCCCACCCAAUUCCAUGUCAUUUUACUAUUACUCCUGUCUCACGAAACGGAUGUAAUAAUAUUUUACGCGCCACGUAAUGAUGUUUAUUUUAAACUAUUUGUAAUCUUUUAGUUUGUGUUUCCGAUCUUCAGUUCCGCUCAGUUCUUUCAUUGUUUUUAGUGAAUUGCAAUUAAAAAGUUUAGUCUUUUUCUUAGGGAUUUCAUAUUGCUUGUCUUGUGGUUCUUUACGAUAGUGAAGUUGAAACUGAUGAUGUUGAUAAUGUUGCGGAUGAUGACAUAAGCCCAGUCAAACAGUCUGUCUAGUCAAUAUAACAAGACCACUCAAACACUCUCUCUCUCUCUCUCCCAGUUUCAUUCAAUCCACCUCUCACUUUCUCCCCUCUCGUUCGCGCUGUCGUCUUCGAUACCUCUUGCUCUCGUUGUGAAUUCUUCAUUGUGAAAGAGAGUCAGCAAACCAGCUUGUUAGUUGAGAAGUGAGAAAAUAACACAUGCACACACACACUCACACACAAACCGUUUGUUGCAGCCAUUCAGUGAGGAAUUGUUCAGACAGAUGUUACCACCACAACAAACAGUUGACUUGCUAAACAGUUAGCAGGCCCCUAAAUGUUUAUUGUCACCUUAAAGACUUCUUCCAUGAUGCAAGAAGAUACCGGUGGAAGGAAGUGGGCCGUGAUGGUCUCGGCCUUCUUCGUCCAGUUUAUCAUUUGUGGCAUUACCUACAGUAUGGGAAUAUUCCAUGUGGUCUUCCGACACAUCUUUGCAGGAUCCCACUUUGAUACAUCAUGGGUUUCUGCACUUUUACUUCAUGUCACUGUUAUUUCAAGUGUCCUUUUCCGAUUUGUGACAGCCAAGUUUGGCAGUCGCGUCAGUGUGAUGUUGGGCGGUCUCUUAUCUUCUAUUGGCCUUGCACUUGGAGUUUGCAUUACAGAACUCUAUGAAAUCUACCUUUGCAUGGGUGUCCUUACAGGCAUCGGUUUUGGCAUCGCCUGCUCACCGUCUAUUGUCGCUGUUGAACAGUAUUUCCACCGUUGCCGCUACCAGGCACUCAGCACAGUUCUCGCAGGAAUUGGUUGUGGAAUUAUCGUCUUCCCCAAUUUUAUACGCUACUUACUGGAGAUAUACGCAUGGAGAGGGACCUUACUAUUGUUGUCUGCAAUCACACUGAAUCUCUGUGUGUGUGGAGCAAUCAUGAAACCUCUCAAGUUUGAGAAGGAAGUCCAGCUGCUACCACUAUUGUCAUGCAUGCCACUACGCAACCCACUUUUCUACGCAAUGUGCAUUGGUAACUUCUUCUGGAGUUUCGGCUCCACCAUCAUAUACAUUUUCCUCCCUUCCUACGCCAUCAGUAUGGAUACUGACUUUAUUACAGCAACAUUCCUGGUCUCUUGUAUUGGCAUGGCCAGCUUCACAAGUCGCGUUAUCUUUGCAUUCAUGGGACAUAACUCAACGCUGGACGAUGUCACUGCCAUCUUGUGUUCAGUUGGACUUGGAGCUGUUAUAACCGGCACCUGUCCAUUGUUAUUUAAACAUUACUCGGGGCAGAUAAGCUAUACACUGCUUUUCGGCUUCUACAGUGGUUUUUGGACCACAUUUAUGUCACAAGUGACCAGAGAGUUACUCGGACCGCAUUAUAUUGCAAUUGGCAAUGGCUAUUUGUCUUUCAUGAUUGCUCUCGGGUCACUAGGAGCUCCCUGUGCUGCAUUACUUAUUCAAGCAGAAGAUGAGUACACAUAUGCCUUUUAUUUAGCUGGUGCCUGUCUGCUGACCAGUGCCACCAUUAUGGUUCUCUUUAAGUACAGACAGUGUGGAUCACCGACACAUUUGACCCCUUCUGAACACAAGAUACCAUUAAUGAACACUUCCAACGGUACUGCCACUAAAUGUCCAGAUCCUACCACAACCUAUCGGUACUAUGAGGAAGAUCAUAUGGUUAUGCAAAAAUCUGGAAUGUACAGUUUAUCAGCGUCAACAGAAACAAACCUGGAACUGCGAGACAGUCAUAGUAAGUGUUUAGCACACAUCCCAACGUCAGCGAUAUACUGCGCAGGCAAGCCCUCCACAAUCACAGACCAAACCAGAGUGUGUGUAUAGAAGAUAAAUCCCAGAAAAAAAAUAUAAAUAUAUACAAAGAAAAAAUACAACAAUAAAAACUGAACAACUUUCUUCAUGCUUUGUCCAUAUUUUUCUCUUCUCAAUCACUCCUUUCUUUGUGAUUGAGGAAUUUUGAUGUCCAACCAUCAUAUUUUAUCUGCAUGGAGUCAUUUUAUUCAAAUUGACCAACCAGCGGCAAAAAAUUACCAAAAUUAAUAACAACAAUAACAAGAUUGAUAAUCACAGAAAAAAAAAAAACCUAACACCCAUGAUGACCACCACCUCAGAGAGAGCUCUUUUUUUUUAUAUAUAUAAAAACUGGAUAUUUC